ACAUUUAUUGUCUGUGCAGUUUUCUUACGUCAUCACCAUAAUCAUGCGACAUUUUGUAGUCGGUAAUAAUCUUGGUUCUCACUUCUUGAAACAAGAUUUAAAUUAAAAGAAAAGGUAAGGAAAAUUCAUCGCUUAGGUGUGUUAUUAUGCUUGAAAAUAAGCCCAAACCAAAAUAUAAACGCAUAUUGGGCAGAGCUGUGACAGCGGUAGUCAUUGCUGAGGCCGCCGGCAUCACAGUUGCUUAUGGUGUUUGGUACAAAUUAAAUACAGACAGAGAUUUCCGUUUAUAUAUGCACAAAAAUUACAACUGGUUAUUAGACGGAUACUAUUCGUUGGGUGAAAAUUUUGGAGGAUUAAGAACUCGAGAACAAGACAAAAAAAUUUGGGAAACAUCCGGGGAGAUAUAACUGGUGAGAUGAGUGUAGCUGCUAGGUCUGCGUUCUGGAUUAUCUCCAUUGGUACAGUCAGUUUUGGCCUCUUCACAUUUUUCAAACCUGAUGAUGAAUUACUUAAGCAGAUUGAUGACGAAUCAAAAUUUACUACUGCUAGACGAACUAGUCGUGACACACUUGCUGUAUUAAAAGAAGCAACCAAUCAAAAUUCAGAAAUAUCCAAAAAAAGGCUUAGUAGACGUGAAGCACAAAGGAUUGAGAAACUACAAAAGGCACACAAGGCAAGAGAGGAAGUCGAUGCAACAAAUGAGAAUGAGGAAUAUUUUUCAGGAGCUUUCAAAAUAAGGGCGGAUAUAAUUGAACAGCUGUUGUCACAAGUACCCACCUUGGAGUGCAAUGUUCUUCCAGCACAUUUUGAUAACAUUAAGCGAGAGGUGAAUGAACUACAAAAAUUUGUUGUAACCUCUUCCUUUUUUCUAAAGGAAUUCAACUUACGUAAAUAUCUCGGUAUAGUUCAAAACUUGCAGACCAAAUGUUACGAAUUGGAAGACAGGUACGUGCCCCGCAAGAAAUUUGGUUUUACAAGAAAAAAGCUACCAAAGUCCCACAGCCAGAAACAAGAUUCGGUUGAUGAAAAUGAUGCGGCCGGCAAAACAGAUAGCAAUAAAUGGGAUGACAAGUUGUUCGGCUUUGAUUCAAAGGAAAAUAAUAUUUUGUCCUUGGAAAACGAUGAAUUAUAUCAAAGGGAUGUUGCACUGCGUAAUUUGAAAAAUUGUACUGUAGGAUUGAAAGGUGUAAUGGGUACCUUACACAUGACAAAUUUGGACAACUGUAUAAUUCUCUCGGGGCCAGUGACAUCAUCAGUUUUUAUCGAAAAGUGCACCAAUUGCAAAGUUGUCGCUGCUUGCCAGCAACUCCGAAUGCACACUUCUAAUCAAUGUGAUAUAUACUUGCAUGUGACAAGUAAGGGAAUUGUUGAAGAUUGCACAGAAAUUAGAACUGCACCCUAUAACUUAUAUUACGAUGAUUUAGAAAAACAUUUCAAUAUGUCCUCAUUAGAUAGAAAUAGUAACAACUGGGAUAGUCUGGAUGAUUUUAACUGGCUGGCUCCAGAUAUACCUUCUCCAAAUUGGCAAGUUUUGGACCCCGCACAUCGUAUUUGUGAUUGGUCUGAAUGGUGGUCAAAACUACCAUCAUAGUAUAAAAAAAAUAACUUUAAAACUUUGAUGCUUAUCAUGAUAUUUAUGAAGAAAACCAUAAAAAUAUUAUAAAUACCUCAUGCAUGUAAUAACAGAUUGUUAAGAAUUUAAAUUAAUUGAGAAUAAUUGCCUUAUGUACCUUCAAUCCAAUCUUAAUUUUGAGGUGCUAUGUCUAACAAGCUUCUAACAUUGGUAGAAUAGUUGAAAAUUUUAGUUGUAGGAAAUUCAUUGUAUCAGCUCACUUAAUAUCUUAUGUUAGCUUUAUUACAAUCAAUGGAUAACAUUUAUAAAUUAAAAGAAUUUUGUAAUAUA